CGGGUGGUUACAAAGCGAGUUCGAGACUGGCAGCAGCGCCAGACCCAGGAGUCUGGGCAGAGUGCGAAGAUAGGACAGCAACUCUCCACACAUGCAUGUCAAAGUCGACAGGGCCGAUGCACAUUGAAGAUGAAGAGGAGCCUCCCUUCUUGUGUAUUAUUCUGUUAUGUCACUCUUCUAAGCUGGAAAAGUGCAAUGAUGCUCCAGUGUGGCAAGCAGGAAUUUGAAGACAGUGGUCAAUGUGUCCCCUGCCUUCGCUGUCCUCCAGGACAUGAGCCUGACCAGGAAUGUGGCUACGGAAAAGGCAUCAAAAUGAGCUGUAGAAGCUGCUUGCCGUCCACCUUUUCAAGGAUCUAUGGCUCUGUGCCUUGCAAGCCUCACACCGACUGUGCCAAUUUGAACAGGAGUUAUGUCCUUCUGGGGACAGCGACCACAGAUGCUUUGUGUGGGCACUGUUUGCCAGGGUAUUACACUGUUGACACUGCAGCUGCAGGACUUUCUGAUGUGAGGGCAUGUCUGCCAUGUUCUUCUGCUCCGAGAGGAACUGUGGAAUGUGCAGAUGUGCAUUCUCAAUUUUUGAGUGCGGCAAGGAACAUCCGGGCUGCACGUCAAGUGAAUGUCUCAAAGUCUUCUAAUGCCAGCAAAAAGGAAACCCAAGAGGAGACGCACGCUGAAUAUGCUGUGCUAGCGUUGGUGCCGGUCUUCUGCAUUGUAGGAUUGCUUGGAAUUCUUGUCUGCAACUUCUUGAAGAAGAAGGGAUAUCGCUGCACCUCAGAGAAAGAAGCUGAUGAGGAGAGCUCCACUGCAAAACUUGCUAUGAAUGGAGAUUCCUUCAGAUCUGAUGAAACCAAUGAAGACACCAUCGGAGUUCUGGUGCGGCUGAUCACAGAAAAAAAAGAAAAUGCUGAAGCCUUGGAUGAGAUGUUAAGGGAGUACGAGAGGAAGGAAGGAAUCACUAAGGACAACAUGGCAGAGAUCACCAACAAGAAUGUGGCAGACAAGUUUGCUCCAUUGUUAACCUUUCCCAAGCUCUGCAAACAUCACCACGUUCACACUGUGCAGACCUCAGCAACCCUGCUGGGAUCCAGCUGUACCCGCUGCAGUCAAAAGAAAUGGCCGGAGCUUCUGAUGAAUCCGACAGCCCGGAAUGCCUCAAAACCUGUCAGGGUGGGAACGCGGAAUAGUAGGCCUGGUGAAAUCACCAUCUUAUCUAUCGGCAGAUUUCGUGUUGCUCAAAUUCCUGAGCAGAAGCAGAAUUUAAUCGACGAGCAAGUCCUACCUGCAUCGAAGGACUCUGAUUCAAUCGAAAUGUCUUGUAAUGAGCCUGUGGAUCGUAAAUCUCUGCUGGGAAGUGUCUUGAUAAAAUGCCCGAAAGAUCAGCAAGAGGUUGGUGACUGAGUUUAUUGAAAAUGGUGAGGAGAUUCGCCAGUCACGAAUGUGAGUUGCAGUGGGAUGCACAACUCGACGAUCAUUUGAUGAAAACAAAAUCUUCUCCCGAAUGUUCUAUACUAUAUAUGGCAAAAUGCGAGGAUGUAGGAUCUAUCCAAUUGCAGACUGGGAACUUGCAAAUAAAGCCCAGUGUAAAGAUGAGCACAACUCAUUUUAAAAUUAAGUCUCCAAGGACAAUCUCAGCUACACGCUGCCUGUUAGUUUACAUCUUUUGUAUGUCCUUUUUUAAACUCCUUAAUCUGUUCCUUGGAGAAAACAAAAGUUAGAAACUUGAAAGCUUCACUCAAAGCUGUAGUUUAUCUUUUUUUACAUUGCAUAGAGGAUCCACUUGAUGACAAAGUUGCACGUUCUCUUCUUUUUAAGAAAAAGCUUGCCUUCUGAGGCCAAACAGAGCCCUCUUGUGGAACUGAAUCUACAAUGUUCCCACAAUGGACCCUACUUUACUACUGAGCCACACAAACUAAAUAAGGUUUAAGACUUGCUAUUUUUAUGAUCUACACAUUGUAAUGAGAAACAAGAGAAAUUGUAGUCAAUUCUUAUUUUAAAAAGUGUGUUUUAAUUCAACAAACACCAGACAGUUCUGAAUUCUCACAGUAAAAGUUCAACUGGUGAUUAAGGGAGAGCCACCAUUAAUUAAUUUUUUAACAAAUAAAAUUCUAUUUUUGAAACCCUCUGAAGAUAUUGGCAUAGAUCAUAGGAAAAGUAUUACUUAAAAUCUGAACUCUUCUUAGAUUCUAUGUUAAAUCCAGUAAAUUACCAUAACAUGCAAAGUUUGAAGUGUUAAAGACAAAACCAGCAUUAUUAGGAAAAAAAUCUCUAAUACGGUCAAAAUGGAUACAGCUUUCUCAACUGCCCAAUUUCUCUGUAAACUGUACAAUUGUAAAAAUGUUGUAAUAUAUCAAAGCAAUAAUGUAUCUUUUUAAAGAUAUAACGGAAAAUGCAUAGUAGCUACCUCCACAAGUAGACUGUUGCCAUGUAGCCGUACCUCAUAUGCCAUUUUGUAAAACGGAGGGUUUUUUAAAAACUGUUUUCAACUUGGAGUUUCUUAUGCAUUGACAGUGCACUCCUCUUCUUUGCUAACUCACAGCUAGUUGUCAAGUGUGUGACUUGUGCUGAAUGUCACAACAGCUGUGUUCCCACAACCUGAAACUGGCAUUUCACAAAGUGUAGAUCUGCGAUCUGUUUAAACACUUAUGUCAAAUUCAUUGUGUUUUUCACUGUAAAAUGCUAACUUGUGAGAAGGGGAAAGAAGGCAGAGAGUCUGUGCUAAACUGAUGGACGAGUAUGUGCUCACAUUGCCUAUGACAACAGGCAUGGCACUUUGGUUGAGCCCUGAGUAGGACUGAUGUGACAGGAAAAUGGUGUGACAUUUUGAUGGGAGUCAGCACUAAGUGCUUGCUUGAAUCCUAAGUGUAGUGAAGAUCUAUAGCUGGAGACGUUCAGUUACCUGUCUGUUGCUCAGAAGAGGUAAUAUGAGGUGACACCCAGCAUUGGAAUGAUCUUGACGUGUUGUUUCAUUAGUUUGCGGUUCCAUGUCUGUCGUGAGGAGGUUCCAGCCAGAAACGCAGACAUUGCCAACCUGACAUAAGCCUUGAGCUGUGAAGAGAUAAUUGUGAUGGCUGCACCAACAGCCCAAAACAAGAAUUAUGAUACAAACCAACUAUUAAAAAUAGAAUUGUACAACAUUAUAGUCCUGAACGACUGGAAGUGGAAUUGGGUGGAUCCCACAAUACAAAAUCAGAAUUGUUUCCACUGCUUCUGGGAAGUUGUGUUGGUAGUGUAAACAUUACAAUUAUUCCUUCUUCAAAGAAAAUUCUGUUUUUAUAGCAGUGGUGACUGUAGUGUGAAACUGAUGAGAUAUUCCUUUGAAACGUGAGAACAUUAAAAAGCAACCCACAUUAUCCAAUAAAGGAUGGCUGCAUUUGAGUGAUGUGCGGCAUUUUUCCAAUUGUCUUUAGAGUUAUCAGUAGGUUUGAUGUUUGGAGAAGCACAAUCGUUUAAGAAUUGUGUGUAUUUUUGUUUGUAAUGAAUUCAGCCGAUUAUUCAAUCAGCUAGACAACAGAAGAAUUACUGAAAUCUAUAGUAUCAUUAAUAGCAACCUGGGCUCCACUGACAUCACUGUCUAAUAUGGCUUCUGCAGCUGAAUGUGUGGAACAGUACCUGGGGAAAGGGUUUUGAAAGACAGUUUGGUUAGCUCUUACCCUGCAGUGACAGCUAUGUUAUUUUCUGUACACAUUGGCAUUAGUCAUAGUUUGAGCAGCUACACUUGUUUCUCUGCAACUAGUGUAGGGGAUUCUGUCCUGCGAUAACAAUGGAGUAGCUUCUACAUCAGAGACACCCAGCAUUUUAGAGAAUUGGUCCCACAAUCUCAAAUACAUAUAAGGAUGGGACUGAAAGUCAUGACCUUUGGAUUAGAGAGGCUGAAAGGGCCACUGCUCAUAACGUAUUCACAGUAACUAGCUUGGUUCUAAGUAAACCCAAUAGAUAGGAACAAGAGAGAUAAUGUUCUGAUUUCUGAUAUUCUUCAUCAUUUUCUGAUGAAGGGUCUAGGCCCAAAAUGUCAGCUUUCUUGCUCCUCUGCUGCUGCUUGGCCUGCUGUGUUCCUCCAGCUCCACAAUU